CAUUACACACACUAAUACUCCUCUCCUCUUCCCUUCAAUUUUGGAUCAAUUUUGUUUUUAUACCAAAUUUUGGUACAAAUAGGUAUAGGAAUUUUGUGUUUUUCUUAAAUAAGAUUAAUGAAGUUCGGGAAGAGAUUGAAGCAACAUGUUGAAGAAACGUUGCCGGGGUGGGGGGAUAAGUUUUUGUCGUAUAAAGAUUUGAAGAAAUUAGUGCGGCUGAUUUCAUCAGCUUCUCCGGCAAUGUUGAAUGGAUCGGAGACGGAGUUUGUUUACUUGUUGAACAAUGAGAUUCACAAGUUCAAUGCUUUCUUUGUGGAACAAGAAGAAGAUUUUGUUAUACGACAUAAGGAGCUGCAACAGAGGAUACAGAUAGUGGUUGAUAUAUGGGGCCCAAAUGGGAAUGAACCCUCAGAGACACGUUACACAGAGGAAAUGUCAAAGAUUAAAAAAGACAUCGUCGAUUUCCACGGUGAAAUGGUCCUCUUAAUCAACUAUAGUAAUAUUAACUACACAGGUAUAUUAUGAAGGAUUCCGUCCAUUAUAAUUUACAAUACAGUUGUUCCAUAGGUAGCUUGACUCGAUACAAAAUUUAGAGAAAAAAACUUUUGAAAUUUGGGGUUUUAAAAAUUUAAAAGGUAAAAAUAUUUGUGGGUUCAUAAUAUUUGCGUCGUUGUAAAAACUUCUC